AUGAGAUUAAAAAUCAAGAAAAGAAGAAACAGAGUCUUCUUUUUUACUAUUUCUCUGUUAUCCAUCUUCGUUGCCGCUCUCAUCCUUCAUCUCGCGCCGCCGACCGCCGUGAUCAAUUUCCAUCCGUCGCAUCGGCGGCUGUUUUCUCCACACACCGCCACACACUACCCUACCGUCUCGUGGUCUCGCUGUGAUGACCGAACAUCACCGUCCUCAAGCUGCUGCCAAGCAACCCAGCACCACCAUGAUCAUGGAGCAGGAUCUUCCACGGCGUCGGUCUGGUCUAAACUGCCGAAGGAUCUUUUGAAUAUGAUAUCCGAACGACUUGACAACGAAAAUGAUCUCAUUCGCCUCCGAUCGAUAUGUUCCCAUUGGCGCUCUUCCUCCAUCCCAAAUCACCAUGCCAACAUUUUAGCCUUCAAGUUCCCACUCUUCAAAUGUGUUUCUCCGACAGAUACCAUCAAUAACAACACCAACGUUCCAUUCUGCUCGCUCUCCAAAUGCAGCCUCUUCCUCGUCAAACGCCCACCACAGCAACGAGAACAACAAACCCUACUUUCUCCUUGGUUGAUCAGAGUUACCCAAAACUCAACUGGCAAAACACAACUAUCCCAAUCCCCACUCCUCCCAUUUGACUUGCCUUCCCCUUUUCAAUUCUCGCUCGACUUGAACAAAUUCUCUGUCCUUCAUGUAGGAACUGAUUUCAUCAUUGACUUCGACAAAGGACCAUUGCCUUAUACCUACAUGUACCCUAAAAAGGUUGUUGCUGUUACACCUCUCAUUCUCGGCAUAUUGCUCUAUAACGGCCAUCUGGUACUGUUGCGUUGCGGCGAUGAGCGUUGGACGGACAUGGUGUCGUCAAUUGAAGACAUCUUUGUUUUCAAAGGACGGAUUUAUGCCGUUGAAGAAUUUAGUGGUAAGACAUUUACAAUUGGACCAGAGGACUUGAGUGUCCAGUUAGUGGCUAAUAAAGUGCCAGGAGGGGGGGACAUGAAAUUCCUGGUUGAGAAUGAGGGUGAGUUGUUGCUAGUGGACAUCGACGAUGAGUCUUUUUGUUACGAUACCAUCUUUGAGGAUGCUUUACUUGUUCAUGUGUUCAUGCUUGAUGGGAAGGAGAAGGAAUGGGUGGAAUUGACAAGCUUGGGUAAUAGAGUUUUGUUUGUGGGCAAUGGAUGUUCCUUUUCGGCUUCUGCUUCUGAUUUGUCUGUUGCCAAAGGGAGUUGUAUCAUCUUUAUGGACGAUGUCUUUGACAUUUUAGAUAACCCAGUAUGGGACAGUGGCAUGUGUGUUUUUCACUUGGACCAACGUCAGCUUUCGCCUUUGAGUGAUAAUCCCGACUAUCUCAACUUGUUUUGGCCAUCUCCAGAGUGGAUUGUCAAAAGCUGAUGCGUAAAACUAAAAAGAGUAUGUUAUCUUGCAUUGAAAUAUUUCUAAUGUGAUAAUGAUAUUGCAUUAUUGUGUUUAGUUUUUCGUUGUAACAUUUGAUAAACUCUUCAACUACUAAUAGAAAUGAGUCAAUACCAAAAUUAAUUCCUUUGCAUUAUAGAUAUUCCAAAAUGCUUUCUUGAGGUAAUUUUAGAGAGAGAAUGAACUUAGAUGCACUACUCCAUUCAUUUGUUUACCAAACCUUAUGAUGUCAUUUAAGAGAGAUGGUUUUUGGAACAAAAUCAACCCUCUCCUAUUGUUUGGAAUCCUAUUUUCUCCAUCUAUUGUCUUCAAGUGCAGGUUACGCAACAAUUAUUGCAAACUCUUCGUUUCUUGUUUGCUUCAUUCAAACUAACAUGUGAAAAAUGGUUGUUAUGAUUUACUUAUCUAUGACUAUAUUUGUCCUCAUUAUAUCUUGUUUAUGUGCAAAUCAUGGCAGUGAAAUUGCCAACAGUGUUCUAUAUAUUUCCCACAAGACAUGAUAUUUUGUUUCAGUUAACAGUACCGCUCAUGUUUGAUAUUUUGAAACAAGUUCUAAUUUCUAAUUGGUUAUUGAUUUUCACCCUUUAUUUAUGUGAUUUUUCUCAAUGAAUCUUGUUAAUUUUUUUUUUGAGGUUUGGUAAUGAAAAACAAAGUUGUCUUUCCUUUAUUCUUUCAUUUUUUUUCAUCAUUUGAAAAGGAUCCUGUACUUUUGUUUUUAAAAUUGUUCUUACUAUGUUAGUAUAUAUGGUUUCUGGCUUUUGUUCUUUGUUUCAGUAUUGCAGUUCUUAAUUAACCAAGGUACUUUCUGGAGAGAAUGUUGCUCUUUAUCGCUGAAGGAAAGCUUGUCAUGAUCAUCAUAAUCAUGAACUAGAUGAAGAUAAACAAAAGAUGGCCCAGUGGAAUUUGUAAUUGAUUUAGUUUUCAGCAUUUUCGCAUGACAUUGAUUCGAGUCCUGGUUGAAAUUAUUCAAUUGACUGGAGAGGAAAAUCAGGAGGGACAAACGAAGAAGCAUCUGGAAAUGGUUAACAAAAGAUCAGUCAUAUCCACUCCAGGAUCAACAAGUAGAACACGGUCGGUGAGGAGAGCAUAAAUGAAUGCUUAGAGACAAUAUCCUAUUCCCCAACCCACUAAAUGAAAUCCACACUACAUAUUUACAAGUCGAAGACUCGAAAAGUUGACCAGAAUCGAGUUCUUUCUCCGUUUUGUUAUAGGAUUCAGUAUAAUGUCCACAUUCUCUAUUGCCGAGCUUCAUAUCUUUUCAAUCUAGAAACAAGGUAAGAAGGUUUUCCUGAUAGUCCUUUGUGGGAUAUGACCGACUGAGACAAGGUUUUUCAUUGAAUCCAUCAGCUAGAAGGCCACCAAGCAGUUUAUCAUUUAGCAACUCAACAGGAUUAGAGGCAUCACUGUCCAAAACUACAAGUCAGAGAAAGAUGAAAUUUCAUAACUUAACAAUGAAAUGUAGUUGCAAGAAAAGCAAACACCUUAUGAAGAUUAAUCCAACAACUUAGCUAUGGUUGGAGGAGAUUGCGGGAGUUGGAGAGAAUCCGAGUCCGCAUAAGUCUAAAAGAUGAAAGUCUUCUCAGUUUUCACUUUUUAAGUUUGUCAUUUAAUUUGCUUAUGUUAAUGGUAACAAUGCAUUUUAUCUGUGUUAAUUGAUAACUUUGGGAGUAGAACAUGCUAAUGUUGGAUAUUUCUUUAUAAAAUCAAUAUAGUGAUAUUCAAUAUAUAUAUAUAU